CGGUCUCUGUAACCUCCACAGCACUGCAGCGUGAGAUAAUGAGGACUCUUCGGAUACACAACUUUAAAAACACAAACCCAAUGAGGCUGUUUUCGCUUCUUUACACUGUCAAAGAGCUGGAACUGACAAGCUAGCUCGGUUUUAUGGGCUACGUUGCCACACAAGGAUGCGGAUGGACUGAUUUUUUUUUCUUUCCUUUCACCUUGCGGAGCCAAAAAGUUCAAUGGAUCCAGUACAGUCCAGCCAAAGCUCAUUCCUGGAAAGAAGCACAGGAGCUAUAGGGCUCCUACCAUCCCCAGUGUCCAACCUGCCAUCCCUGACCUCCCCCAUGGAGAAGGUUGGAAACCCUCCAGGUUUAGGCACUGCUCAGCUGUCUGAUUCAUCCCAACUGGAUCGGGAAGGCCCAGGGUCUAAGGCUUUUGUUGCUGGUUCUGUUAGCAUCAGUCGACCCAGGCCUACUGUUAAACCUUCCAGAACUGUGGACCCUCCUGCAAUUUUGCCCUUAACUCCAGUUGCAACUAUUCCUUCACCGCUGUCCCAUUCCCCUACAGAGCCACCCCAGCCUCACCUCAGCCCACAGAGCCCCCAUAACACCCAGCUUAGCCCCAGUUCUGUACGCAAAACUGUAGCUUUCCCUAACCCUCCAGCACAGCACAGCCGCAUUACUCAGCACACUCCAAACACACACCCCAGCCUUAUCCCUAAACCCAACCAAAACCACAGCACCCAGUCCAGCCCUGUUCCCAAACCCGGCCAAAGUCCAGAGCCCACUGUGACGAGCCCCAGCAGCACAGCAGACAACAGGCUUCCGCUCAAGAAGCCGAGCACUGAGGAUGAAGGCUUUAGGGUGUACAUUGUCACAUGGAACGUUGGCGCAGCGAUGCCACCUGAUGACAUCAGCGCCUUGUUCGGCCCUCGGGUCAGCGACGGGAGCACUGACAUGUUUAUCGUUGGGUUUCAGGAGGUGAACUCCAUGAUCAAUAAAAGGCUGAAAGAUGCCCUCUUUACAGACCAGUGGAGUGAGCUGUGCAUGGACACUCUUAGUCGCUUUGGAUAUGUUCUGGUGGCGUCACAGAGGAUGCAGGGGGUUCUGCUGCUGGUGUUCUCCAAGUUCUGCCACCUGCCAUUCCUGCGUGGGGUCCAAACACAGAGCACUCGCACGGGUCUCGGCGGAUACUGGGGGAACAAGGGUGGUGUGAGUGCACGGAUGAUGGUGUUCGGUCACCCUGUGUGUUUUCUGAACUGCCACCUGCCGGCCCACAUGCGGAACUUGGAGCAGCGUGUGGAGGACUUUGAGAGCAUCUUGCAGCAGCAGCAGUUUGAGGGCGGAGCAGCAGUGGGCGUGCUGGACCACGAUGUAGUGUUCUGGUUUGGUGACCUGAACUUUCGCAUUGAGGACUAUGAUAUCCAUGUGGUGAAGAGCGCCAUAGAGAACAAUAAACUGCCCCUGCUCUGGGAGAGAGAUCAGCUCAACAUUGCGAAGAACAGUGAGUCUAUUCUGGAUGGAUUUAUGGAAGGAACACUUAACUUUCCUCCAACCUACAAGUUUGAUGUGGGAACACACACAUAUGACACAAGUGCUAAGAAGCGGAAGCCUGCUUGGACAGAUCGUAUCCUGUGGCGUCUCCGAAGGACAGGUUCCCCCGUGCCGUCCCACAGCGCCGCGCUGCAGCGGGGCCUAACCUCAUGGCUGGGCGGAGCUACGAGAGUGACGCAGCACUUUUACCGCAGUCACAUGGGCUUCACCAUCAGUGACCACAAGCCUGUGUCCGCGAUUUUCUCUCUGCAUUUUCCCUUUAAGGUCGAUUUGCCCUUAGUCCAGUUGGAGGUCGAGAAAGAGUGGACCAAAGUAUCUGAUGCUACAGCCCGGUUCACCAUAACAUCUGGCUUCCAGAGGAGCACGUGGGAUUGGGUGGGGCUGUACAAGGUGGGAUUCAAACACCACAAGGAUUAUGCAGCCUAUGUAUGGGCCAAAUCGGACCAUUCGACUCAGGUGACAUUUCCAGAAGAGGAUUUGCCUAGAGAUGCAGGGGAGUACAUUCUGGGCUACUACAGCAACAAUAUGAACAGCAUUGUGGGAAUUACGGAGCCGUUCCAGGUCCAGUUGCCUGUGUGCACUCCUCCGGGUCCGGGGUGUCCCUCAGGCUCGGACAGUUCGGACGUCAGCUCGGAGGAUGACAGCACUCUGGUCCUGCUGGGUCCCAGCUCACGCAGCCCCAGUCCUGGAACACGCUCCAGCAAACACCACCAACACCACCACCACCACCACAACCCGCGCCGCCAGCGCAGCCGCAGCCCAGCUGUUCCUGCCCUGUCCUCCACCCCGCUUCCGUCUCUGCAGUCACUCAGUCUGCGGCCCCGCGACGGAAACGCCCGCAGCACUUCACCUCGCCCCGCUGCUAAUGCCAAGAAGGAGCGACUCAUGUCUCCGGAAGCUCUCACCUCCCCCUCACUCAGCCCCCUGAGCCCCCGCAGCCCUAUUUCACCUGGGAACGGGGUCAGUGCCCCAGAGGCGCUGGUUGUAGCCAUCCUCGGAGAGCACCGGCCACCUCAAGGGCCAAUUCCUGGGACUGGCACUGCAGCUAAAGCUGGAGACGUGAACCUAUGAUACCCUUUCCUGCACUGAAAAGUAAUACAUUGAAUUUGCUCAUUUCAAAUGUGUUUAUCAUGUCCACAUAAAUAAAAUAUAAUACAGCAACAUCUUUAUUAAAAAAACAAAAGUAAAUAAAAACAAAACUGUGUAGCUAAAAAGGUUCAGUAUAUAGUACCAGAAAAGGUUCUAAUGCAAUAGCAGAACCUUUUAGUGCCGUUCUUAAAUC